GAGAGGAUCCCUGAUCAGAACAAAGGAUUGUGCACUUGAGAUGGAAUUUUUCUGGGGAAGUGGCCAGGAAUCACGGCGCCUGCUUUUCUCUUUUUUGCUUCUUGCAAUCUGGAAGGGAGGGAACAGCCAGCUCCACUACUCCAUCCCCGAGGAGGCCAAACACGGAACCUUCGUGGGCCGCAUCGCUCAGGACCUGGGGCUGGAGCUGGCAGAGCUGGUGCCCCGCCUGUUCAGGGUGGCGUCCAAGGACCGCGGGGACCUUCUGGAGGUAAAUCUGCAGAAUGGCAUUUUGUUUGUGAAUUCUCGGAUCGACCGGGAGGCGCUGUGCGGGCGGAGCUUGGAGUGUAGCAUCCACCUGGAGGUGAUCGUGGACCGGCCGCUGCAGGUUUUCCACGUGGAGGUGGAGGUGAGGGACAUUAACGACAACCCGCCUAGGUUCUCCCGACCAGAACAAAGAUUACUUAUUUUAGAGUCAAGAAUGCCAGACUCGCGGUUUCCGAUAGAGGGCGCAUCUGACAUGGAUACAGGAGCCAAUGCAGCCUUGAGUUAUAAGCUAAACCCUAAUGAAUAUUUUGACUUGGAUCUUAAAAGAAACGAAGAAGAAACAAACGUCUUAGAGCUGGUUUUGAAGAAGCCUUUAGACAGAGAAGAAGCCCAAGAGCAUCGUUUGCUAUUGAUUGCAACCGAUGGAGGGAAACCUGAACUAACAGGUACUGUACAGUUACUGAUUGACGUACUGGAUGCAAAUGAUAACGCUCCGAAGUUUGAUAAAGCUAUUUAUAACGUUAGAUUGUUGGAAAAUACACCCAACGAGACAUUAGUAGUUAAACUUAACGCUUCAGAUGCGGAUGAGGGAAUUAAUAGUGAAAUACUAUUCAACCAGCGGAGAAAUAAAAGUUAA